AUGAGUGAGUUUGUAGAAGCAAGCCUUGAAAGGCUUAUACCAGUUUUUGAACUCCUGCAAACCAUCGGAUUAUUUUCAAAAAUUGAAGUUAAACGAUUUGUAAAACGAUGCCGGAAUUUUGAGUAUCGUCUUCAGAAAACUCGUAAAGAUCCGAAUGAUUUCCUACUUUAUGCAGAUUAUUUACACGGCGCUUUAAAGUUGGUACGUUUAAGGAGGAAGCUGCUGAAUUAUAAAAUGAAAAAUAGCGAAGUAGUAAAGCCAAUGAAAGCAAAAAUUGCGUUUUUGUACAAAACAGUUACUUCUCGCUUCCCGGGUAGAAGAUAUCUCUGGCGAAAAAUGAUAGACUUCUUGAGAGAAGAAAAAAUGCGUAUAGGAUGUAGCGAAACAUACUUCCGAGUUUUACAAGUAGUUCUGGGAAAUGACAUUCAGUUACGCGUAGAGGGAGCUUUGUGGGAGUUCGAACAGAACAACAGUAUUGAUAAUGCAAGAUUACACCUUCAGAUGGGUCUUCGUUUAGCUCCUGAAGCAGCAUCCUUAUGGAUUUGUUUUUUAAAGAUAGAAAUUAUGAAUGUUCAGAGGCUAAUGGAACGUAAAAAGGUUCUUACUGGGGAAGAAGGGAAGAAAAGUACCGGAACAGCUCUCUUUAAUGAUGAGGAGGAAGAAUCUGAUAAAAGGAAUGAGGAUUCUUUUAAAGAUUCUGACCCAGUUAUGAAUUUCAAACUUGCAGAAAUAGUUGUCGACCACGCGCUACAAAAUCCUGCAAUUAAGGACAAGAAGGGUUUGCUAUUGGAAAUGUGGAGGUGUACUUUUUGCUUCAAAGAGGUUGCUCAACAACUAGAAAAAGAUACUUAUAACAGGUUAUGGUUGCCAGGGCAGGUUUGCGAGGAGAGUUGGAUUGCCUGUUAUGAAAGGACAACAGAUCAGGACCCAUACGGAAUAUUGGACGAAGCUUGCGAACAUUUUGAUACUGAAAAGAUGCUUAGGUAUUACAUUGAGCUAGGGUUUUUUAGGAAUUACUGUUUUAUCUAUAGUAUUUUAUUAACUUUUCGAAUAGCUCAAUUUUUUUCAGAUAUAUAUGCAACAAUUAAGCUAAAAGAGCUGCUGUCUCGGCUCCACCGUAAGGGUUUUGCUCAAAUUGAAGAUUAUAAAAAGUUAUUAUCUUACGGUGAGGAUCAGGAGGAGAAGAUUCAGUUUGUAGAGGCGGCUUUGGAGUGGUUCCCGUCAUCAUCUUUCUUAUGGACAGAACUUAUUAAAUUAAAAAUGGCACAAAAUACCAACAUUAAAGAAGUGGAACUUUUAUUCAAUGAAGCUGAAACCAAGGUAGAAUUGAAAGAAAUACUUCCGCUGUAUCAGUUGGCAAUAGACUGGGCUAUUGCCAACGUCCCCUCUAAAGUGGAUGCCGUAUUUGAAAGAGCCAUGCUAGUGAGCUGUCCUGAGGUCUCCUCAGAAAUAAGAUGCAUCAGAUUAAAGUAUUGUAAAGCUGCGUUCCCGAAUGAUCCAUCUGUUUUUCGUGAGGAAUACAGGAAAUUAUACUCGAGUCCUCCAAACAGUCGAAAAUUCUAUGAAACUUAUAUUGAACUGGAGAGGAAGAUUAUGGUUCCUGAUAAUAAAAGAAUACGAUCUGCUUUUGAAGAUUAUGUGACUGAUCUUGGCACUACUGAUUACAACUGUUGGAUCGAGUAUGCCAAAUAUCUGUUAACAGUAGAUCCGUCCGCGCGGGCUUCAGCAUGUAUACCGAAAGCGGAAAGCGACUCCUUUACAGAAGCUUGGGUUGUAAUGCUUCGAGAAAGUCAACCUUCAAAUGUGGAACAGGCUCAGAAAAGCGCAGCCAGAAACUAA